UACUAUCUGAUAAGGCAGCCAUGACAUUUUUAUUAAAGCAAUAAGUUUCCAAAUGAACAUUAAAGAGUUAAAGCUUUGUAGUUUGUGUUAAGUGUUUGGAAUUGGAAUGUGUACCAUCCUCGGCACUAAUUUUUUACCCCUUAAUAAUAGAUUCGAUUUAAUGUUAUAUAUUGUAAUGUUUACAUAGUACAGUUGUACUCACCAUGCAUUAUGGCAUAUAAUGUUAAUUCAUUAUACCCUUAAAUCAUUAUAUUAAUAUCUAUUUUUAAAUUAUUUAAAGAUUCAUAUUCAAUUUGAAUUAAAAAUUAUUUUAGUGAAUAUUAAUUUUAUUUUACAAGUGUUAAUAAAACAUAAAUUGUGUUAAUUUAUCUUGGUUUCAAAAAUCUAGUGAUUUCAUUUUUAUUGACAUGGAUAAGUCUAAUUUUUCAUUACCAUUGAUUAUUUUGAAUAAUAAACAAAUAUUAUUAAAUUGUGCAGUAGUUCCAGAAAAUUCAAAUCAAAAUAAUGAUAGUAACACUUUAAAUAUUGAUUCCAAUGUGAAAUUACACUCUAACUAUACACCAGAAAAUAAUAUACCAUACUUAAGAAAAAAUCAAAAAAAAAAAGGAAGAAUUCGUUUCAAAUGUUUGCAUUGUGAAUACUUAACAUUUCGAAAACAAAAUUUAAUUGUGCAUCUUAGAGAAAAACACGAAACUAAAAAUCAACUAGAAACUAAGGUCAAUAGUGGUACAUCAAAUACAACUAGAACAAUAGAAGUAUUUUCUUGUACGUUGUGUAAAACUACUUUUAAUACACUUGAUAAAUGUAAAGAACACAUGACACAACAUUUGAUAAAUACUUCAAAAAAUAAUCAAAAUGAACAACAAAAACAUGGUUGUAAAAGUAUUCAAUUGAGUAAAAAAAAAUUUGAAGAUAUAGAGUAUGUUUCAAAGUGUGUGCAUUGUAAACGUAAAUUUCGUUCUGAAAAUUCUAAAGUGCUUCAUUCAUUAUGUCACCAAAAUGAUUGUAAAGAUUACAAAUGUAGUGAAAAAAAUUGUGAUUUUAUUACACCAAGAUGGAAUGCUUGUCGUAUACAUUUAUGGAAGGUUCAUAAAAUUGACAUUGAUAUGUUUAGCUGUCAAGUUUGUAAAAAAUAUACAACUACAACAUAUCAUAAUUUAGUUAAUCACGUAUCAAUGAAACACAUUAAAACAUUGUCUUGUGUAGACUGUGGUGCUGAAUUUGAAGAUUCGAUUAAGCUACAAAAUCAUAGAGUAUUUCAUUCCAAAGCCAAGUCUGUAAAUAAAGAAAGAUGGUAUAUGGAAAAGACAUGUGUAAUUUGUAAUAUGGUAUUGGCUAAUUCAAAAAGUUUAAAACUUCAUACAAAAAAUGUUCAUCUGAAGUUAAAGCCAUAUGUAUGUCAAGUGUGCAAUCAUGGUUCAGCAACUAAAUACAUGAUGCAAGUACACAUGAGGCAGCAUACGGGUGAAAAACCAUUUAAUUGUGAUGCUCCGGAUUGUAAUUUUAAAACUGGGGAUCACAACUCACUCAGACGUCAUAAACUACGUCACUCAAAUGUAAGGCCAUACAAAUGUUCUCAUUGUGAAUAUGACUGUAUCCAAGUGACUGCUCUCAAAAGUCAUAUAACGAAUAAUCAUCGAGAUAAAAUGGACAGUUCAUACUACUCAUGUAAUCGGUGCACAUUUGGAACUGUGAGCUUAAAAAGAUACAAUGACCAUGUAUCUGGUCAUGAAACACAAGUUCAAAAUGGUCUAGAACCUAGUCUUGUAAAAUGUCAAGAGUCAAAAGCUGAAAUGACUGACGAUGAUGAUACUGCACAAGGAUAUGUUGAUGACACAGGCGGAAUAACCAUUUCUGAAAGUGUGGGUUGUACUGUAUUAAAUUUAGAUGAUAAUGCAAUUAUGCUUACAUAA